AUCACUUUUUAUAGCGCACAAUGGGCCAUAGAAAGCUUCCACAGCAUCCAGAGAGAUUUCAUUUUCCCAAAUACGUUCAAACAUACUCGCAGGUAUGUUCAAACUUAUUUGCCAAUCACAAUUUUUGAGACCUCAUUGGCAAUUCCAUGCCUCCGUACCAACAGAACCCAAGGACAGGAACGUACGUAUUAAAAAUUGUUUUCUCUCAUCGUUUUGUUUUAUGACGGGGGAUAGUGACGUGUCCAAACAAGACUCGGGCUAUUGUUUGCUUUAAGCUCUAUCGGUGAACUGUGAAUGGAUGCUGUCCCAUAUUUGACAUUGUGUGUGGGAGAAACUUGAUCGUCAUGUUCACUGUGGGUGUGUGCCCGUACAAUGUCACAUCCUGCUUACUUUCCCAACACAAGGAUGAGCGCUCUUGCAUAUCCAAAGGUCCUUCCCAUGCAUAUAUGCGUGGCAAGGCAGCCUGAACGGAUGACAUGACACCAACCAGCUGUGGUGCUGACAGCAAAUAAUACAUCAGGAGCAGAACAGCCUCUUUUUUUUUCGGAGACAUGAAGCAUCGAGUUGCUCCCUAUGCUGCUGUAAUUGUAGUUCUUGUGGUCACAUGGGCCAUCUCGCACGACUAUAUACGCAUACAGCUGAGAGCAAGAAAACUUUGGGGGAUGAAAAGCGCGGAGCAAUUCAAACCAAAAGUCCAACCAAUCACGUCAGCCGAGUGCAACCUCUCUGGAAGUUGCCCCCCUGAUCACUUUGCAAUACACGUGCGCAGCGGAGCAGCUAAUGUUGUCGGGCCCAAGAUCUGCUUCGAUGGUAAAACCAUCAUGAGUCACGUAUUGAACAAUGUGGGACCUGGGCUCAACAUUGUCGUCGUAAAUAGUGAGAACGGCGCUGUGGACAGAUGUGGCUAUCUGAAUAUGAAAGACGGAGUCCCAGAGGACAUCUUGGCGUACCUGAAAGAGAUUAAACCUGGAGAGAUUGUCAUUGUGGCCUCCUUUGACGACGCGACAACAAAGAUGACAAAAGAAAUGAGGGAGAUUUUUGUCGGAAUGGGCAGCGCUUUGAUCGAAUCCGUAAGUUACCGUGACAACUGGGUGUUUGCAGGAAGAGGCGGGACAGCAAGCAGAAGCUCCUUUGAGAAGCGAGCUGCUAAUGACGACGCAAGCAACGUUUAUGACGGAUGGCCCAUGGCAGUGGAGGUGGGCGGCUGUUUCCCCAGAAGCUCUUAAAGGACAUUUUGUCAUCAGCAGGAUGAUAGGAAUACAUUUGAUUCUGAAACUGGAGGACCCUAUAUGUCAGCAUCCAGACAGAAGCAUAAAACCCCAAAUGUUUUCUGCCACAAUUAAAAAAAAUAAAACAGUUAACUGCAAACAGACGUAUUUCUUUCUGGAUGGUUUCGAUUUGGUCUGUCACAUGGAAUUUGAACAAAAUUAAUUCACUUUUAUGGUUAUACACGAUGUGGCAAAAUGUACACACAGUAUUUCCUUGAAUAAAUGUGUAAACGCAAUA